CCCCUAGGCCUGAGUUCGCGAGAUAUCGGCAUCGGCAUGAACUAACGUUUAGUGGUGUUUACGGAGCAUACUCAGUAGGGGUGUUUGUUGGCGUCGUCCAAAGGGGAGGCUGGUUACGAGUUUCAUUUAUUGGCGGGUUUCGCAAUCCACCUGGACUCUGUACAAUGAUCCUCUCUGUUCCUGUUUCUGUACUUCUGGUUUCUUCUCGUCAAGCACUUGGAGACCGCCAACCCGAGUCGAUGGAAUCCUCGUUGCAGCAUCAAAUUUCCGGACGAAGGCGGCCUUGCCUGCUAGAAGCAAACAUACCAUUCACCACCAGUUGACCGGGCUGUCGAUGUCAUGUUAUGAUAUAGGAUACUGCAAGCGCACAGACACAGAGUAGUCCUCUACCAUGUCCCGUCCUCCCGGCGCACGAUCCUCAACUGCCAGUGGCCUCGCGCCGCCGCGCCCAGGUUCCCGCCCACCGGGCUAUCCCACGAGCACGCACGGUUCAGGCGUGUUCGCUCCACCUCCACCCCUCAGCGCCAUCGCAAGCAGACCACAAUCGCGCAUCGAACCUCCUCCGUUGUCCGCGACGGCAGGCCCCAUGCCAGGCACGCGCGAGCGUCCCCUGCCGGGACCACGCAAGCGUCUGAUCGUCACGUGCGACGGGACCUGGCUCAACGCGGACAACGGGAUCAUGAACAACGGCGAGAAACAGCCGCCCUCAAAUGUGUCGCGCAUAGGCUGGGCUAUCAAGGACACUUCAAGAGAUGGCAUCCCUCAGAUCGUGAAUUACCAGGCCGGCGUGGGCACUAUGGGCGGUCCCGCUGCCCGCGCCGUCGGAGGCGCUACAGGGUUCGGUCUGAAAGAGAACGUGCGGCAAGCGUAUACCUACCUCGCUAUCAAUUGGAAACCGGGCGACGAGAUAUUUCUGAUCGGGUUCUCACGCGGCGCAUUCACGGCGCGAAGUAUAGGCGGUAUGAUUGGUGAUUUGGGUCUUCUUACACGUUCUGGAUUACCGUUCUUCAACGAGAUCUUCGACGAUUGGGAACACCGCGCCGAUGACCGGUACGUCAGUAAGUUUCCGGACUCGCCAUUCCCAAAUAAAGGACCUUUCGACGCGCAUUAUGCACAUCAAUUGGUACGACAGGGUUUGACGACGCUGGAAGUACCGAUCAAAGCGAUUUGUUGCUGGGAUACGGUCGGAAGCCUGGGCAUUCCUAGGGUGGGAUGGCUUGAGAAUCUUGGGUUGCAGAGUCGUGGUAUGCAUCAGUAUGAAUUCUACGAUACGCGAUUGAACCCAAAGGUGGAGAAUGCGUUCCAGGCUCUUGCCUUGGAUGAGCGGAGGGGACCGUUCAUGCCGGCGCUUUGGGAGAAACGGGACAGUGAUCGGACGAACUUGGUACAGGUGUGGUUUCCGGGCGUGCACAGUAACGUGGGCGGGGGUUAUGAAGAUCAAGAGAUUGCGAAUAUCACGCUGGCUUGGAUGAUCAGUAAGCUCGAGCCGUUUCUGGAUUUCCGGCCGAAUUUCUUGAUGGAGCAGUGGGAUUUGACGAAACGGUAUUAUAAAGAGACGGGGCAGAAGAACAGGUUGUGGAGUUUUGGGGAGAUAUAUAACAGUCUCAAGGGCAUUUAUGCUCUGGCUGGGAGUAAGACGAGGACGCCGGGAGGGUAUUAUCGCGUUGAUCCUCAUGGGCGACAGACAGACAGGCGACUCAAGAAUACGAACGAGUAUAUCCAUUCUAGUGUUCGGUGUCGGUUGGGGUUGCAGGGACCAGGUGUGAAUGAUCGGGGUGUUUAUGAUCCGCCAGCACUGCGGGAUUGGACAUUUGACACGGAAGUUGUGCCUGGGACGGGGGGUGAUGGGUUGAUGGUUGUUUGGACGGAUCGUUCCGAAAGAAGGGAAAGAGGGCAGGAUAAAAUUCCUGAGGCCAAGUUGGGUGAGACGGAGAUGGUGCUGCUUAGCCAGUGUCCUAGAGUGGAAGAGUAUGCGAAGGAUCUGAAGCCGCCUGGCCAUAAGGAGAAGAGGAGGUCCAGGAGAGAUACGAAUGGAGCGGCGGUGGGAGGGGAGACGAGGAGAAGGAGGGAUAUGUCACAGGCACAGGACCAGAAUGGGUCCGAUGACGAUGACCAGAGGAGACGGCGGAGACGGGAGUCGAGAGGUCAAGAUCCGGAUCGGCAGCGGCGGAGGAGGAGUCGAAGGUACGACAAUGACUGAGACCCAUGGUGUUGACGGAAGAAACACAACACAAAGAUUCACGCCAGCACAUGCUGCCAUGCGGAACGAUCCCAAGCAAUGGCGAAGCACUCGAAGGCACGGCAUUCCAGAACCGAAGCUCUUAUCGCCAUUCCCGAUGACAUCGAGCAGGCGUCAUUAUGGGCAGGACACAGCCUGAGAUUGGCGACUGGGUCUUGCCUCCGCCGUUUGUCAUCUCAUCGAGCGCGACGACGCCCUCAUGCGAA